AUGCUUCCCGCCACAGCGUCAGGAGACUUGCGAAACCUUCUCGUAACCAUGGCUCAUCUACCUCCAAGCUACAAGCAACCAAUCAGUAUCACCAUGAACGGCCGCGAUCAUGAUAUUGUGGCACGUAACGUCGUGAUACUCCUCGUAGCGCUCACGGCUGAAGAACACGAUGACACAAUUGAUUGCAUGGUCCACGUUUGGUACUUGGCUUUGAUUCGAGAGUCUGACAUUAAAUUACUCAAUCUACGAGUCCGACCUCUUAUUGAAGAUUUGUGUCGCAAGAUCAAAGAUAAGCCGACCAACACCAUUUUAGGAAAAAGUUGGAAGUUUGGACAGUCCUCUUUCCGACUUGUUCUUGAGAAGGUAGCGUGGGAGAGACUGUUAACCUUUCUUGAGAUCCCUAGCGGGUUAACGGUUGAGAAAGCGAACCUCUUACGAACAGCCGUUACAUUGGCAGAUUCUCGAGUGGAUUAUCGCGACCGAUCGUUUCUUUUCCUUUCCUCUUCCCAUCGUGUUGCCAGAUAUCGAUUUCGACAAGACGGACUGUUGCUCCCAUUUGGGGCUUCUCGCAGUGGAUUCCAACACCCAAACCCGACAUUCUUCCAGACUGCUGACAAAUGGCCGAUGUAUGAUAACGCUGAUCCUCUCAACGGCUGGUCCGCAAAAGACAUUGAGGCAACCUCUACUGGACUAGCGACGUCAGACAUCUACGGAAAGAUGUAUUACUACAUGAGAGGUGUGCUGGAGGCAUUCCUAAGCACUACGAAGUCAUACCGUCCGUCAUUGGAAACCAACCAUACUAACUUGAAACAUGUGUCCAACAUCUCAGACGCGGGAUAUCUCGGGAUCCACAGAACCGUCGGCAUUAUGUCGCCAUUGCUUCGGUUCCCCUCUGUCAACAGUCACGCAACCCUCGUUACCUUAUUCAUGAAUGUUGUGGACGAAAAUCUGACCAACCAAGAUCGGAUGGCGGAAGCAAAACUUGGGAGCCCCUCAACAGAACGAUUGCUCCAGUUUCUUCCGCCUGAUCACAGCCCAACCAGUCGCUAUGACCCGGGUUUUAUCAUGUUCUCGUUUGCCCGUGAUUCCGUAACCGCCUAUGACUCCAUAUUUGAAAGAGUUGCCGAGGAAUAUAGAUUUUCCGACUUUCCUGAGUAUGUGGGUGUACAAGUGAAAGAAAAGCAUACUGUUGUCGAAAAGUGGCCUUACCGACUCAAACUUGAACCUAAGCAGAAAGGAGCCAAGGAGGAAUUCGACAUGAUGAUGAGAGGAGGCCCAAGCGGGAAAGAGCGAUAUAUGGAAUGGAAGAGACUUUAA